CUAAAUACAAAUAAAUCUGCACCCACAAUAAAAAGAAUAGUGAAAUUGAGCUCAUUGUUGUGUAACAUCUUACUACUAAGCAUUGUGGAUAAUCGCAAACCAACAUAAUUACAACAAUGGAUUCCGAUAAAAAGUUAAUGUGCAAUAGAGUUUACGAAACUUCAACUCCAACGAAUUUAGCGAAUAAUUUAAUUAAAAGUGAAUGCUUAAAACGAACACUAGACGGUCUUGUGUCACAUAUGAGUGAUUCCAAAGCAGCAACAAAGAGCGUUCAAGAUGAGAAAGUUGAUGUAUCGCCUGAGAUAAGCAAUAAAAAAAGCAAUGAUACAUCACCCGUAACAGAGAUCGAGAAAAUCUCGAACGAGAAUGGAAUGAGUAAAAGUUUUUCAAUGCAAACAUUCGCAACAUCUGAUCGACAUAACCAAGAGAGUUCACCGAAGACAGAUGAGAAUUCGGACAUAACAAAGAGCAUGGCAUUCACGAUAGAUUUCGGAAGUGGCAAGGUUGAUGAACAACGUCACAAAAAUCUCUUGGAAAGAUUCCAAAAUCGGCAUCGACGUGGCGUCUCCUUGUCCAAAGUUGAGGAUGAAAUGGGUGACAGCAGUUCAAGCUCACAACUUACUGCAAAGCUUAAAACACCAACAAGUGCUAAACUUCCAAGAAAGGGCUUAAGUGAAACAUCUCAAAAACCAUCAUCGGCAUCAGCAGCAGUGAGUGGAGUGAAGUUACGUGAAAAAUCAAAAGUGAUACAACUACGAGAUUCUAACAAGAGACACAGUUGGAGUCCACGUUCAAGUAUGGUUGAACCAACGAACAUUCGCAAGUCUCCUAAUCCUCUUGAAAGACCUUUGAAGUUGCACAAUUUAACAAAAGCUGAUACGAAACCAAUUCCACCAACAACACUCAACAUUGCAUGUCUUCAGCCUCCAUUAGAAAAUAAAGUUUGUCAAAUGAGUGAUGAUCAAGUCUCUGAAGCUGGUACUUAUACACUUGAUGGUGAUAAUUACACAGAAGAACAGAAGGAGAAAAUGAACAUUGAUAAGUUAGCGAUGGAACAUGAGGCUGAACUUUUAGAACGUCGAUUGGAGAUAAAUGAAACUGAUUUAGAGAUUAUUGAUUUAGAUCCAGCGCCUGAUGAAAAUAUUCCCAAACAUGCUGCUAAAGGUAAUCGUAGAAAUAUUCUUGAAGUGUCCUUCUAUCAUCAAGAGCCGUCAACAUCAGCAGAGAUGACAAAUUCUAAACAACAAAAAGCUUCAUAUUUAGAAAAGCUGAAAUCAAAAAUGAAGAACAUGAGUGAUAGGAAAUUUCAUAAAUCAAAAUCACCAGAUGAUGACAUGGGAACAUUCACAAGUGUCACAACUAGCGGCGUUCUUAGUGUGAAGCCAACUUUGGAAGUUAAUCCGAAGUUUAAACGAAAGAAUUCAUUAACGAAGUCACAAAUUGAUUCAUCGGAAUAUGUACAGGGAAUACAACGAUUAGAGAAGAAUGGACCGAUCACUGAUAACGAUAAAUCGAUUGCUGCUGGAUACAAAUUGAACAUGUUAUCGAAGCAAUCACCAACAAAGAGUAGAAAUGAAUCGAAUGGAAGUAACAAUACAAGUAACACUUCCAUAUCAACUGCAACAACAAAGGAUGAUUGGAUUCAAGAAUGGGCUCGCAAUGCUCGUGAAUUCUCACGUCAAAAGCGUUCGCCUAAUGUUGCACCAGGCAUGUCAAGCAGUUACAAUUUCGAAGGUUCGAACGAGAAAGCUGAUCAAUUUGGUUACUUUGGCGAUGAUGUUAUGACUCGAAGUGAUUGCAAACCGCAAUAUGAAGAAUUUGGUGAUAAUCUUGAAAAGUAUCAUCACAAGAAUCAACAUCAGAAGAAGCCUUCAACGACUGAAAAUCAUACAAACAAUUUGAGUAAUCAUGGUUCGCUUUCAUCAAAUCGUGGAAGGAAAGUUCUCAGAGAUUUUGAUCUUAAUAAAGAAGAGCCUCAACGAGCUGGAGCUGACAAUUUUAAUAUUAAACCACCCAUCAGUCCAAGUCGAAUUCCUUCACCAAUUGGUAGUGUCAGUCAUCGUCAAAAACGUUUCGGUUCAAAUGUUCUACUUUAUGGAAGCGAUACAGAUCUCACAAAUGACACUGAACUUUACCUCCAACAAACAGCAGCAGCAAUUUCGACACUUCAAAACCUUCAACGAAAGAAUUCAAUCAGAAAUUCAUCACUUCAAAGUUCACCAAUCUCUCCUAUGUCACCUACCCGUCCACCAAUUGUGCAUUCAAAUACAAAACCAGAACAAUUACGUGCAAAUUCAGCUACGCGUAAUUCAAUUCACAAACGCAAUUCAUCUGUUGGUUCAUCAUCACGUUUUGUACCGUCAACAAUUAUGUCGACAAGUCUUCAAUCAAAUCACUUAAAUCAAAUGAUGAAACAUCAGAAGCAGCAGACACAACAACAUUCGCGACACAACAGCUAUGAUGGAAUUAUUUCGACUGCGACUGGUAAGAAAUAUUCACAAUUCGAUCAAACAGAUGAUGACAAUGAUUACGAGUCAAUGCCAUCACGAAGUGGAAUAUUACCAGAACGACAACAUUUAUCGAUCAAACAACAGCAUCAUCAUGCGACAAAACCUCAACAGCAACAACAAAAAGCAUCACCUAUUAAACGUUCCACUUCUUUCAAUAUUAAAUCACAUGACAUGUCAUCACCAGCACGAGUUUCAGGCUCAUCUGGUACACCAAAAAUGCAAAAUAAAUUUGUUAAAACUUUUUCAGCUCCCGCGCAUGGCACAAGAAUUCAGAAAUCAGCAAGCAGUUCAUGUUUUAAUAAACAAAUGAUGAGACUCAAUAAUGGUGAUAGUUAUGACAAUGAAUUUUAUAUCAAUGACGAUGAUGAUUUAAAUCCUAAUCAAAUAACGACGUCAGAAGGAAGCGAUGAUGAUGAUGAUGAUGACAAUGAUAAUGAUGAUGAUCAGAAACAAUUGUUCAAUAAUAACGAUCCAUUGAUUACAAAUACGAGAUACAAUAAAACAUUCUUGAUGCGCUGUGAACAGAAUAAGAAAGCAGUUGGCAUUGCAGCAAAAGCUGUUGGUGUCAUUGCAUGUCCAAAUACCCCAGAAAUGCCUCGAAGAAAUCUCGCUGAUAGAACAGCCAUUAAAGAUCGUUCAAGUUUAUCAACAACGCGUGAUUCCAGUUUAAAUCGUUUAAGUGACAAGAAAAUGUCAUUAACAACCGCACCAGUAGCAACAAAACCAGCAACAGUUAAAAAUACAAAAGAAGUUGAACUAGCGAUGUGGAAACGACGAGCGAGCUACGAUCCAUUGAAAGCAGCUGCUGAAGGUAGAAAGAAAGCAGAAGAAGCUAAGAGAUUGGCACAACAACAACAAAUGAUGAUGUCAUCUGAAAGUAAUUCAUCAGCCUUACGAUCAUCAAAAUCUUAUAAUUGCGGUGGUACAUCUGAAAAUUGGAUCGAUGAUGAUUCGAGUAGCGAAUUCGAUGACGAAAACUAACAAGAAAAUCUUUCUAAAGAAUUUUGUAUGAAAAAUAAUGUGAUUACGUUAGGAUUGGAAAAUUAUUUCAGUUGUUACGCGAUCUUAUUGGUCGUCAGUUUUAGACACAAGUCGGUUGUUAACUUUAUUCUUAUUUUUCUUCCCAUUUCCCGGAGCCUUUUUUAAAUAAUAUUUCGAUUUUGAUAUAAAAUUCUUCGUCAUUCACAGAGACACUUAAAUAAUUUAUAAUUAAAAUGGGCAUUAAGUGUCAAGAUGAGAUUCAAUCAAUAGUCAAAAGGAAUAAUUUCUAUUAUUUAUCUACAUUUAUAAGAUUAUGUCAAUUCUUUCAUCGACCUCCAAUGUAAUUUAAGAAACUUUACUCACUUUGAAUUUUUAACAAACUUUUUUUUAUAUUUUUACGACACACGAGUCGAUCUUAGAUCGAAAGACUAAAUUUUUGUUUUUCCUUCGCACCAUUUUCGAUGAAAAAUUUUUCAAUUUCUCUAUCAAUUUUCCUCGCACAAGAAUGAACUCAAUCAGAAAUUAUGGAAAAUUUGUUUUGAGAAUGAAAAGAAUGAAGAAAAUUCUUCAGUUUAUCAGAAUUAAUAUUUGUCAGAAGAUCUGAUGAAUUUCUAAUACUUUCGAUGUUUUGUGAAUAAUUUUAUUGAAAAAUAUUUAUUUAUCUUUUCGUUGACUUUGUCGACAACAUUUCCCUAAAGAAUGUAAUUCAAAUGUUUAUGUGUAAUCGAAAACAAUAUUCAAGGAAUCUCCAUAGACGCAGUUCAAGCUUAAAGCUAUUUAAAAACUGUUUUCUGAUCAUUUUUUAGUCAAUAAUCUUUGAUUUAUCAUUAAUGUCUCUCUCUUCCUUUUCAUUUAUAAUGAUCUUUAUUUAAGAAAUAUUAAAUUUAGAUAUCAUAGAUAUUUAUCUAUCAGUUUUGUUUUUAAUUGUUUAUUAUUCUUGAUAUCAUGAGCUUUGUGGAAAAUCCAAAAAUAAUGAAAAUGAGAAAAUAAAGAGAUAAAAUGUCUACCAACAA